GUCCAGCAGAAUUAUGCUUCAAACGCAGUUCGUGUCAGCAACGAAAGGAUUUACUUGAAACCUACAAUGAAAGGAUUUAUAGGAAUACUCGCUGUGGCUUACCUGUUCCAUUGUGCAGAUGCAGCGAUAGUCUUCACUGGUCCCGGCACGAUCGGAGGUACUUCACCAGAUGUAACUGGCGCAGCCAGUGUAGCAGAAACGAGUACUGCAGGGGAUAUUAUCUUUGCCUUUGAUGCAACGGAAGGGACAACUCCGACGUAUGUCUUCGCUACAGGCGGAAACCCAGACUCUGUGGCUGUAAUAGAUGGAAAAAACGUCAAGCUGGCGACAUCGAAAUCUAUCGACUAUGAAACGACUAAAUCACUUGUGUUUAAGAUCACAGGAAAUGACGCUGGUAAUGUUGCCGUAACACUGACGGUUACGCUGACCGUUACUAACAGGCUGGAGUUUGCAAAGACAAGUUACGAAGUAUGCGUGGCAGAAGGCACUGUAGCAGCAACUGUGGUUGGGACAUACACAGUAGCCGAUGCUGUUACAGGAACAGAAACAGUAGCCUACACUAAUACUCCUGUCACUGACCUGAUUGUUGUCUCCUCAACGGGUGCGCUCAUGGUUGUAACGGGCAAGACACUGACAAGCGCUACAGCUGGCGGAUACACCACAACGAUCACUGCAACCGCUACUGGAACCGGUGCAUCCGCAAUCGGUACAACUGUCGUGAAGGUCACGGUCGGAGGAUGUAGCAGAGCUGGACAAAUCCAUUUCAUGGCCAUUUUACUGCUGAUCCCACUGCUGAUCACACGUUUAUUCUAAUUUGUCAACGAAUGUGCAUGAAAUAUGUGGACUAUCCAUCGUUUUUUCAUACAUCGAGAAUGAAAGAAACAACAGUAUUCCAAGUUGUGUUAAGUAUAUAUAUAUAUAUAUAUAUGUAUAUGCUCAUAACAUUAUAUGCAUUGUUUAAAAAAAUGUAUUUUACACUUCGGAGACAAAGGAUCUCAAAAUCAAUAUGAUAUGUAAUAUGUAAAACAUAUACAUCGUAAACAUGGUACAUGCAUGGGCGUUUAAAAAAUACUACAUUUUAUUUGUGUGUGCGUAGAAUAGAUAUGUACAUUCAUGAAUUGUCCCUCUAUGAAAUACCUUUGGGUACUCGAUAUUUUGGGAUAAUGAAACUUGUUUGUACCUUAAUAUGUUUGUUUUACUUUUUGAAAUAAAGUAACUCUAAAACGUG